ACACUCUCACUUCUUCUGCUGGGCAAUCAACGUGAGAAGCUGGACAGCCAUUCACCAAUCAGAUAGGAGAGCGAGCAAGAUCAAAGGACAGAUCCACCAAUCAGUACAAUGCAUGACGGGCAAUCGUUGUCCUAAGUGGGAUCCCAGUCAGCGUGCUUAGAACCUCAGCAGACUUCAAUGUACUGAGGUCGCCAACUACACAGCUACCCGAUUUACGUAGGCAUGAGUGGCAGUGGGACUGAGAGCUGCGGUAAGAGCCAGCCAUGCAGAAUGGACCAUCUCCUCAAUGCUGUAGAGAAUGAGCUACAGGCCGGCAGUGAGAAAGGUGACCCUACAGAAAGGGAACUUAAAGUUACACUGGAUGAAACUGAUUUAUGGAUACGAUUCAAGGAGCUCACAAACGAAAUGAUUGUCACCAAAAAUGGCAGGCGAAUGUUUCCUGUGUUGAAAAUAAGUGUCACUGGUCUCGACCCAAAUGCAAUGUACUCAUUCCUGAUGGAUUUUGUGACUGCUGAUAACAAUCGUUGGAAGUAUGUGAAUGGAGAGUGGGUACCAGGAGGUAAACCUGAGCCUCAGGCUCCGAGUUGUGUUUAUAUUCACCCAGACUCACCCAACUUUGGAGCCCAUUGGAUGAAAGCCCCUGUGUCCUUCAGCAAGGUCAAGCUCACCAAUAAAAUGAAUGGGGAAGGACAGAUUAUGUUGAAUUCAUUGCAUAAGUAUGAACCAAGGAUCCAUAUAGUACGUGUUGGGGGACCACAGAAAAUGAUCACAAGUCAUUCAUUCCCGGAAACACAAUUUAUCGCUGUGACUGCUUACCAGAAUGAAGAGAUUACCGCUCUUAAAAUUAAACACAAUCCAUUCGCCAAGGCCUUCCUUGAUGCAAAAGAAAGGAGUGAUCACAAAGACUUCAUGGAUGAUGUAGACAGCAAUCAGCAAUCUGGGUACACACAAUUGAGCAGCUGGCUGAUUCCUGGAUCUAGUUCACUGUGUUCUUCUGCCAAUCACCAUUCUCAGUUUGGAGCACCUUUAUCCCUUCCAUCGUCACAUGGCUGUGAAAGAUAUACUAACCUGAGAAAUCACAGAGCAUCACCCUAUCCCAGCCCAUAUGCCCACAGAAACAACUCUCCUCCAAGUUACACAGAGAAUUCGUCUGCCUGUCUUCCUGUGUUCCAGUCAAAUGAACACUGGCCUGGUUUGCAGAUGCAAACACACACUGGAAUGCUGUCAAUAAAUCACACAGGGGGAGCUCCAUCUAACUCUUGUCAGUAUCCAAGUUUAUGGUCUGUGAGUAACAGCACUAUUGCGCCACUGUCGCAAGCAAGCGGGAUUGCCAAUGGUUUGAGUUCUCCAUACAUAAGAAGCUCUACUGCUCAUUAUACACCAUACAAUCAAAUAGUCCCCUCACCCUCUAUGAGCUCUCCUUUAUAUGAAGGUGGAAACACAGACCUAGAAGACAACCAAUAUGAUGUUUCGGCACAUGAUAGACUGGCACCAUCAUGGGCACCAGUGACGCCCCCAUCGUUAUAAAUAAAGACAGUUUUGUAAGGAUACUUGUGGAACGAUUGUUGGCACUUGCCAACAUUUACUAACUGUAAGGGACAAUCAACUUUUAAAGCAAAUGCUUAAAAGGAUUUUUUCUCUUUUUGAUAUAUGAAAACAUAGUUCAGAUAACAUACAAGGUAUUUUAUGAAAAUGUUGUUUCUGAAAAAAUAUGUUUGUGAUGUAUUGUGUACAUAAGACGCAACAAGAUUCUUCCCUUCCCCAAAAAAUGUAUUUAUAGAAUUGAAAAGCACAUAUUCAAAGGAAAAUGUAACCAUGUUAUAUGGUGAAAGACCAAUAUUAACAGGUAAUAAAUAUCCUUUAAGUAUUUUACCUAUGUCCUUUUAUUCCUGCUUUUUGAUGUAAAUAAAGCCAAGCUACUGUAUCAGGCUAAUAAUAAAUGACUAAUACAAAAUAAUUAUUUAUAAAGUGAACCUACUACCUGA